GCGCAGGCCCGCCCGCCGCGCUGCCGGAUAUAAAGUGGAGCGGGCGGCUGAGGCGCAACAGUUCACCACCAUGUACAAAACGGUGCGGCAUGGCGAAAACUCGCUGCAAUACACUAUCCUGCCGCAGCAGGACAACGGCCUCCACGGCGUCGACUCGGAGGCGGCGGCCGCCGCCGCCUUCGGCGGCCGCAAGGAGGCGACGGCCUGCGGCCGCAGCGCGGUGCUCGUGGCCAUCUGCGUGGUGCUGGUGGGCGGCGUGGUGGCCGCCGUCAUCGUGCCCUUCCUCGUGUCCAGCAGCAUCGUGAUCCGCACGCCGCACCACCGGCCUCUGCGGCCCGCCUCCGCCUCCGCCGCCCCCACGCCCCCGCCCGCCCCGGAGCUGCUCGCCUUCAACUUCUCGGUGACCACCGUCUUCACGGACAACGCCGCCGCCGCCGCCUCCGACGUCGUGCUCGUGGUCACCGCCGAGCCGCCGCUGCCUCCGAGCGCCGCCGCCCCCGUUGACGAGCCGAUUUCCACCCUCCCGGCCGGCUCGACCACCACCUCCGGAAGCACCCUGACGACCACGACGACGAUGACGACCACCACCACGACCACGACGACGGAAGCGGGUCCUUCGAGCACGACGACCCUGACCACGACGCCGGCCAAGACGAGCAGCACCGAGCGGCGCUUCAGACUCGCGCCUCCGCCGCCAACCCCCGCCGCCACCCAGAAGACGCACAAGUCCUGGCUACCCUCCAAGUGGCCCUUCGUCGACCCAGCCAGCACUUAUGCUCAGUGGACGGAGUUGGCGCGGCAAAGUGCUAUCGUACCGGCCGCCUGUCUCGGCGCCCUCCUCCUGGCCGUCGUGAUCGCCGUGGCCGCCUGCCUCGCCACCCGCCGGAGAAGACAAAAAGCGAGACGCAGGAGAAAUGUCGGGAUGGGCACAGAGGGCAACCAGAGCGACAAAACGACGCUGCUGACUGAGGGCUCCGAGGUGGAGGAUUAAUUCAGCCGCCGGCAACCUGGAAAACAGAAAAUGCCGCUUUACUAUAUUUCUCACGUUACAUUGCACACAUACAAAUGGGCGUUUUGUAUAAAAAAAAGAGCAGAAAAAGUUGUUCAUGUUCCGUUUUGACAGGAAAAAACAUGGAAAUUGCGGCAAAUUCAUUUUGUUCUUUAUAGCAUUGAAAUCGCAAUAAAAUCUCCCCGUCUGCUCGUCGGCGUAUUCAAGGAGAUGCUGCCGGUAAUAAUUGUUACAACACACGUAUGUCCCUCGCUGCUCUGCUGCUUGUUGGUUGUGUGUCUGCGUCAAAGCAGUUAUAAAAAGUAGAUACAUAUACACGGUAUGAAAUGCACCAUUGUGAUUGUGCGAGUGUGCAGGAGAAUCGUGGAAAAGGAUGCAUUAGCGCGGAUGUGAGUAGGAUUGGAUUUCAUAUAUAAAAAGCACCCGCGCACGCCGCUGAGUAAAUACGCGCGCCUUUCGUUCAGUGGCAAACGGCGCCCAAAUAAUGCACGUCAAAGGGAAACCAGAGCCGAAAAUUGUGUUAUUAAAUAAAACGAGACAUAUCUAAUUUUUACGGCACCUGCUAAAAGGGAGUAAAGACAAAAAUUCUGUUCAUCUGACUCACAAAGAAACUCUUAAAGUGGAAUGACACAGGGCAACAAUUAAAAAUUAUUUGAAUUGUUGGAUGCCAUAAAGAAUUUGUUCAACAAUUUGCAAUAAUAAAAAAGGACCUUGCUACAGUAAAAAUUCAAAUUUUGCCAAUUUUCUCCAAAAUUUACAGUGCUUUAACAUAUUUUCUUGGCAUAUUCCGAUUCCUCUCGUAGAGAUCUGUCCAACGGUGUGUGCCACUUAUUGGGGAAACUCUUGGUUUUGAAAUUAAAUCGGAUUUCAAGUAAGGAGACAGCCAUUACCAUUUGAAAAGCUCGGUAACUUUCCAGCCAAUUUUCUCAAAAAAUUACAGUACUUCUUACAAUAAGGGAUGAGUUUAUGCAUUGGCAACAAGCAUUUUCCAGGAUUUUGCAGUAUCAUUCCUCUUAAAACUAUAAUUGGAUUCGUGUGGAUUCCUGUCAGGGUCUAAUUUUCUAACUAGUUAAGGCAACCGAAUCACUCGGUCGACAAUUCGACUCGAUGUGCUGAAAAUCAGCGAAGAAAAUCAAGCAAAGAACGAUAGGAAAUAAUCAGAAAAUAGAGUGGUUCUCUCUGAUUGGCUCUUUGAUGCAGCGCCACGUCUCUGAUUGGUCGCCAGCAUAUUUAUAAUUCAGAACCGCCAAAAGUAACGGUUUUCUUCAAAAUUAAAUGAUUGAUACUAUUAAAAAGCCUGGAAAAUCCUUGUUGACAUUGCUUGAACUCAUCCCUUAGGAUUUAGUUGAAGCAAAAAUUGACCUAAGUAGCAGCGUAAAAUUUUUAGAAAAGUUUCUGCAAGGUUAUCAUGCUUUUCAAAAGGUGACGACUGUCCCCCUACUUGAAAUCUGGUUUUAUUUCACAACAAAGAGCAUCCCCAAAAAGUUUCAUACACUGUAGAAUAGAUCUGGACGAGAGGAAUGGAAAUCUGCCAAGAAAAUUUGGUCGAGCGCUCUAAAUUUUGAAGAAAAUUCGCUACAAAAACUGUUGCAAGGUCAUUUUUUGAUUGUUGCAAAUUGUAGAACAAAUUGUUUAUCGAUCAAAUAAUUUUCAAUUGUUGCGCGUCCUGUAUCAAUCCAUAAUAAGAGUUUCCUUGUGAGGAAAGCAUUGAGCCAAGUAUUUAGUGUCCGAUUCCGCCCCUGUUGCUGCACAAUAAAGCCACUGAUACGCUUGUCUGGAGCAGGAUAGUGAGCGAUGCCGGUUGCAUAAUGGCUCUCUCAACACAGUGUCAGACCGACUGUGUGCUCUCUCUCUCUCUCUCUCUCUCUCUCGUUGUUGGAGCGAUAUUGCAUACCAAUAACGUUGCAUUUUGCAGUACAUUUGCCGAGCCAAACAAAAAGAGAACGAAUAGCCAGAGGCAAACGGCGCGCGGGCACGAAAUAUAAUAUAUGUAUGCAUGUAUGCCGCGACUCCCAGAUGUGUACGUGUCCAACAACUGAAUAUAAAUGGCUAUUAUCAAUCAAUAUCAGUCCAGACCUGACGCGACUACCGAAUUAUUUGGUAUGUUGCACUGACAUUUAUUUCACCGCACGCAGGCAGGGGUGGCAUCUCGACCCUCGACGUGAUUUAGUUGGUGCCUGCGGUUGAAACUGUUGACAUUUAUCAAGUGGUUAUCCCUCUGCCACUAUACACUUGAGAGACUAAAUACACGCCAACCCUUCGCGCAUAGAUAAACGCGAACAGCUGAAAUUAAUUGAGUCAGGAAUCCGAUUUGAUCUCAAAAUUAUCAUUUUUGUUAGCAAAACAGUUUCUAAUUUCCCUUUUUCAUCGGAUUUCCUCGAGCGUCAAACGCACGCAUGACGCACUUCAUUUUCCAGGGGCUUGGCGUGUCUUUUUCUGUCCUCUGCUGGCGAUGGCGCCGCCGAAUCAAUCGGUAUAUAUACAUGAUGACGGUUUGAUUACAGAGGAAAGAGAGACGCGAGUGCAUGUACGUGAUUUGAAUGGUCAAAGAGCGCUUUGCGCGAUGAAUGCACCCUCUGAUUAUUAUAUAUAUCGUAUGUUUUGAUCGUUAUACCGCCGACUAGAAUAUGGAGAGCACACACGCAGAUAAAUCGACGAGCGCUGUACAUACCAUACUGAUUAGAUUUAUUAGCACUCGCUCGCACACACACACACACACAUACACAAAUUCACUGCCGCCGCCGCUUUGUGGUGCAAAAAUCGUUGGCCUGUGUUUGAUUGCGCAUUUCCCCUGCGGAGCCGUUGUUCUGAUUAGAAUAUAAAGCGCGUUUAUUUUCCAAAUUAAUGCUGACCUCUUUAAAGGACAUGUCAGGCUAAAAUUUCUGUCAAUCAGUGUGUUUGUUGUUGGAGUUUUUGGAAUCGGCAGCUGCGAUAGCCAUCAAUAAAUUUGAUGGAAAAAGAGGGCGGCCAUAUUGUCGCGUCAUCAGUGUCAUAUGUAGUUUCUGUUAUCUCUAUAACGCUUGUUUAAAGACUUUUGACGAAGUUUCUGAGCUCACCAAUCGAUUCUUGACGGCCGAAUUAGGUUGACUGGAUAUUUUUUCCGACCAAAAAGUCCAGCGCGACGUGCGAACCUUUUUUCCCGCCAAAACAAUAUGAAUACGAGAGCUGCGCAUGCGUCAGAGCUGGCUGGAUCUGACAAAGAAGUCAUUCGUACAGGUGAUCUAUCUGCAAAUGCUCGAACCAGCUCUGCCGCAUGCGCAGUUCUCGUAUUCAUAUUAUUUUGGCGGGAAAAAGUUCUACUUGUGCUACGCACGUCGCGCUGGACUCUUUGGGCGGUAAAAAUAUCAACUUUACCUAAUUCGACCCUCAGGAAUCGAUUGGUGUGUUCAGAAACUUCGUCAAAGACGGUUUUUAAUAACGUUGAUGCCGUUUUUCAAUAAUUCUUACAACUUUAUGAUUUUCAGAAUUUUAAGCUAAACAUAAAAAAUAAUUUUCGACUACACGUGUGUCCUUUAAUCUUUUUUACGGAUUGAUGGCGCAUAUAUAAAUAUCAUGUACUGUAUUUUCCGCAGGCCGACGGUUUGCUACGGCACAGUUGAUGUCCUAUAUAGGAGUAGUCCACGCAACUAAUGGCUGCUUUAUUAUUAAUUGUGAUUUCAAAACAUAAUCCGACUGAUGAAAACUGGAAAAAAGCUUAUUGUUAUAUACAUAUGAUAUAUAAAUAUACCCACGCGAUCGAAGGUUAAAAAUUAUAUGGUGGAUUAGCAACAUUAGCCUCACUGUGUACUACAGCAUAAUAUAUAUAAACCAUAACAAUAUGAAUUAGUUACUAGCAGAAUUAGUGGACACAAGUUAUUUUUCACGGAAAAUUAAGGACCCAGAAGUUUGCUGUUUGUAAUGAAAAUUAGAUGAGAUGAAAAAACUGGAAAUAUAGUUUCCUGAGGGUUUAGUUUUUAGGGAAAUGCUGGUUAAUUGUUGGCGCGGGUGUUUGCAAAUACACACACUCACUAUUUAUAAUAAAUAUUUAAUUAAUUCGAGUGCAUGUUGUGCCUUCGAACCAAAUGUACAUCCCCUACAAUUCGUUUAAGCGGGUAAACUUUCGUUCAUUAGAUGAGAAAACUGCUGAGGUUAUCAAUAAUUAGUCUAACAACUCGUGAAUCACAGUGUCACUCUGCUGAACAUAGGACAGUGCGCGUCGUUGUCAUAUUUUGUUGAAUUUUAAUUCAUUUUUUGGUAGGUGCAAACACACAGUGUGAAUGAGAUGACCUUUGAGUUGAGCAAAUAAUUGUGCCUUUCAUUCUUUUCGUGGGCUUCCUUAAAAUGCUUUCCACGCUUGGUUUUCUCUACGUGUAGGAGGUGGUACAUAUAUUAUAUACAUAUAUUGUUCCCUUUUUCGUGUGGAAAAAUGAGAGACGAAUUAAUCAAAAUCCCCUGUAUAUCACGCAAAAGGACCAAAAAUCAAUCUUCUGACGUCUAGUCUGUGUCAAAAUUAACGGCAGAGAAUCCAUCACAACAUUCCACUAUGAAUAAAGCAGUGUAGAUUGUAAAAAUCGCUGUCUUAUAUUCAUAUAAAAUGUGUACAUCAUGUAUAAAAUUGGACGCUCAGUAUAUAUCAGACACACGAUUCAAGUUGAAAAUUAUUUAGAAGAUUAAAAACUUUUAAAACUGUUUUUUAACUAUCAAAAAAGGUAGCGGAAAAUUGCGUUUAAGCCAACGCGAAUUUCCUUGUUGCAAGAACAGGGAAAUUUUGGUUGUUUAUUGAGCGAUGCGCAAUUUCAGAGCUACCUACCACGAUGAAUUUCAAAAUUUAAACCAAAUAAUGUUUUAUUUUUUAAUGGGCGAAAAAUUAAAAGAAAAUCUCCUGAAAUAAACUUUAAAUCUUCAGUGUUUUAGUUCCAUUAAUAAUUUAUAAAUCAAAAAGACAAAUACAUUUCGUACAAACAUUGAGUUAAAAAUUAGCAAAAGACUCCGGGAUUGACAAAAACAAUUUUCCCCGGCUAAAAUUAUUCGCGACGUCUAGGUGUCAGGGCGGCGAAUUCUAAUUACCAGAGGCUGCGCGCGCGAUCGCUGAUUGCGGGGGCGGCGAGGGUGAAAAUUCUCCGAGCGAAAAUUGCUCUGCUUAUUAGACAGGCGCGAGGGCUGCUGCUCUCCUGGCGAAAUUUCAUCACAAAGAGCUUUUCCGCCGGUUGAAAAAUCCAUUAGCAGUGACACACGCGCGCGCGGAGGUGGUGCGUCUAUUUAUUAGAAAAGGCAACGCGUGUGCGUCAUCCAGCAGCAGUCUUCCGCGCCUCUAAUUAGCGCCCGGCUUUUUAAUAAACUCUCAGGCCGCGCCGCCGCCGACGCGCCGCCUGCCGAAAUAUCGUAAAUUACACUCGUCUCCUCUACCUUUUAAUUAUUAAAUUUUCGCACUUGACUCGAGUUGUGUCAUGCAAUUUGCUUAUUUUUAGCACUUCGCCUCGCUACACUGAGCGUUGAAUGUUCCGCGGAUAAUUUUACUUUUAUGUGAUCUAGCGUGUAAGACGAAUCCUUGGUCGAAAAAAAGCGGCUUAAAACUCAUUAUUGCUGUAGCAUUGUUAAGUGUAAAUAGCGGAAUAAGUGUAUAUGGGAAGGAAAAAUAAAUUAUUACGCUAUUAUACCAUA